AUGUUCAACUCUGUGUUCUGCAGACGGGCGCCUGGUAUCUCACAUCUCCUCUUCGCUGAUGACACCUUGCUUUUCUUUAAGGCGGAAGAGUGUGAUGUUGGUACCAUACAGGAUAUUAAGACUAUUCUCCGUGUGGAGGAGGAUGGAUUUGAGGCCAAAUAUCUGGGGCUGCCAACCCCGGAAGGACGCAUGAAUAAAGGGAAAUUUCAGAGCCUUCAGGAGAAGCUUAGUAAGAGAGUUUUGCAGUGGGGUGAGAACAGCCUCUCGCAAGGGGGGAAAGAGGUCAUGAUCAAGGCUGUGGCACAAGCCAUCCCUACCUAUGUAAUGGGUGUUUUCAAACUACCGGCAGGGAUUUUUGGUGGGGGGCUGAACAGGGGAAGAGGAAGACUCAUUUGGGUCGCUUGGGACGUCAUGCUUCGGCCCAAGAAUAUGGGCGGUUUGGGCUUUAAGGAUAUGCAAACUUUUAAUCAGGCCCUCCUCAGCCGUCAGGUGUGGCGCCUUAUUGAUAAACCAGACUCUUUGUGCGCUAGAGUUCUGAAAGCUAAAUACUAUCCCAACGGCUCCUUGGUUGACACUGUGUUUACUGGAAAUGCCUCAUCCUCCUGGCAAGCAAUUGAAUUUGGGCACGACUUGGUCAAGAAUGGAAUUAUCUGGAGGAUCGGUAAUGGGGAGGAUGUGCGCGUCUAG